GGUGUGGGCAUGACGCGGGACUGCUCGACGCUCAUGGUGGCGCAGUACUUCAAACGACGACGCGAGUUCGUGGAGAUCUUCAUCGUGUCAGGCAGCGGGCUGGGUAUCGCCGUCAUGUCCGCCUUCAUCAAAGGAGCCAUCAGCGCGAUCGGCUGGCGGCUGGGGCUGCAGGCCGUCACGGGCGCCGUGUUCCUGUCCUUCUUCCUCGGCACCUUCUACCGAUCCGCGUCGCUGUACCACCCGCAGCGCCGCGCCAUCCUGCACCUCAAGAACCAGAAGCGCAAGAUCAAGGACAAGAACAAGGUGGACGACCGGCCGCCCUUCUUUGACUUCAGCACGCUCCGCUCCAAGACCGUGCGCAUCCUGCUCGUGUCCACCGGCAUCAGCUCCUUCGGCAUCAACACACCCAUCUUCUACCUGGCGCACCAGGCGGAGGAGGAGGGGCUGGGCGAGACGGUGGUGCUGCUGCAGACGUACCUGGGCCUGGCCUGGACGCUGGGCUGCGCCGCCUUCGGGCUGCUGGUCGUGCGCAACGACGUGGAGUGCCGCAUCGCUCGCCAGUACCUGUGCCAGGCCGCCGUGUUCAUGUGCGGGCUCAGCAUGCUGGCGCUCACCGCCGUGCGCGGCUCCUACCACGGCUACGUGCUCUUCGCCUGGAUCUACGGCAUCUUCUGCGGCGGCUACCACUACUCCCUCAAGAUGUACACGUACGAGCGCGUGCGGGCGCGCAACUUUGCGCGCACCUGGGGGUUCGUGCAGUGCAGCCAGGCCAUCCCCAUCGCCAUCGGCGUGCCCAUCUCGGGCUACAUCAACGUCGGGUGCGGCGGCAAGGCCGGGUACUACUUCAGCUCGACGUGCGUCCUGGCGGGCUCGCUGGCCCUCUUCUUCAUCGACCUGCACCGGCGCAACCUGGCGCGGCACAAGCACACGCGCGCCAACGGCACCAAGCACCUGUGCGUGUCCGAGUCCUGUCCGCAGCGCAAGCGCCUCUCCUUCAGCCAGGAGCCUGACAACCACAACGCGGACGGCAUCGCCCACGGGGGUAUGGGGCUGGUCGGCGCCUCGGCGCUCGUCAUGGGCGUGGGCGGAACGGACCUGGGCCUGGGCCUGACGCCGCCUGGGGACGCGGCCGCGGACAAGCCCGAGCUCACCUGCAUCUCGGAGGAAGGCAUCGCGGACAUGGACCUGCCGGACAACCUGCUGGACGACCUGGACUACAUUGGCGACUGCAUCACCUCCUGCAACAAGGUGGAGAACUACCUCAUGCUGAGCGAGUUCGAGAACAACCUGAUUGCCGAGGUGCCCGUCAUCCUGGACCGCAAGGGCCGGCGGUGGUCGCUAGCGCGCCAGGGCGCCGCCGCCAAGGACGACUCGGCGCUGCCCAGCCGCGACCCCCGCGACCCCCGGGACGCCCACGACCCCCCGCACGACGAGGCGGCGUCGGGACAGCGGCGCGGCUCCAGGGAGCUUCCCCCGGUAGGCCCGGGGCCCGGCCGCGUGGCCUCGGGGGGCAAGUGGAGGCUCGUCGCUAACCCCAAGCGGGUCAUCACCGUCAUCGACGAGGCCUCCGUCUGAGCCAAGAUCCUAUGUGAACCUGUGUGAGUGCGCGCUUGUUUGUGUGAGAGAAUGAGAGAGAGAGAGAGAGAGAGAGUGUGUGUGUGUGUCUGUGCGUUUCUGUCGCUGUUCAUAACUUGAGACUUCUAGUCAAGACCGCAUCCGGUGUGAGUCAUUGCUUUUGACAGCGAGACUGUUCAGCUCGUGUCCGCAUAGACAUCGGGGUAAAAUGUGGGACCCUAUGGCCGUAAUAAUGCUCGAGACUUUUAAGUGUGACGGUGCUCACACAUCUCCUCCGAUAACCGUCGGCGGCAGCCCUGCCCUCCGUGGCCCUGCCCUCCGUGGCCCUGCCCUCCGUGGCCCUGCCGAGCCCAUCUCGGGGAUAUGGCGCGGCCCUAGGUGCGUGUGCGUCAGGUGACAGACCAGUUUGUGCAGGCUCCUGCACCAGGUUUAAUGCAAACAACUUAACUACUGCUGUGUGCGGUAUGUUUGUGACAAGAUCCGCAAGAUGUUCGUUUCCAUAUUGAUUGUACGCUAUACUGGCCAUUUAUAUAGAGUAAAUUUUGGUUUGAAUAAAAUAGAGAAAAUUUUGUGUGUAAGAGUUUAGGUACACGAAGGCGAAUGGCCGCUUAACGCCAUGCAGCGAGGAGUAGAAAUGCCAGCGGGGAAUUCCAGAUCGAAGGCGCGUCCAUCUGUCAUGCCCCAUUGCCUGAGACACUGCAGCAGGACUGUUUCCCUAUUCUUCUGCUUAAAGUACUUGUUGAACCCCUUUAAAAAAAAAAAACAAAAAAAAAACUGCAAACGUGAUUGGACGCUCGCUUAAGCCGCCCGGCCUUGUAACGCUACACCUGAGCUUGCGCUCGCGCUCCUCGCCGCCGGCCGAGCUUACCUCUUCGCUCGCCUGUCCUCCCAGUGAGAACCGAAGCCGUGAAGAGAAAAACAAAUAAGUGAGAGAACGUGCCCCCCCCCCCCUCGUUUUCCUCCAUCCACGUUUCUUACGUGACCACGCCCCUCCGCCCGCUCCUCUCCGUUGCCGCGCCCGUGCUAGAGCCGCUCUGCUGCGCCCUGUUCUCAUGGUUCCCAUUCACCUGGCCGGGCCGGGCGGGUCGCGCUGCGCUAGAACCGCUAGAGCUCGGGCAUGUCUCCCCCGCCCCGCCCCGCCCGUCUAGCCUUGGUCUAGUCCGCCCGAGGCGACCUCCUGCACGCGUCUGAGCGCCCGGGAACAUCCAUCCGGCUUCCUUUUUAUUUUUAUUUUUUUUCCUUACGGAAAAAUGACAAUAAGAUUGGAUUUCUGCUGUCCUCGGCUGUAAUAAUUUAUUUAUUUAGUACUAGUAGUGUACUCGGUAGGUUCUUCAUUGUACCAAUUUGUACUGCGUUGUAACGCCACUGCCAGAGAUGCUACUGCCACUGUCUUAUCAGAAUAUUUCCUGUUGCCACGGAAAUGAGUCGAUCCGUCAGCAUCGUAUUUCGUUUUCUUCCUGGGAGUGAAAUUUUCGCAUUCGCGACCAAGCAUUGCCUGCAAUGAGCUGAGGGAAUGAUUUUUUCUUAAAAGAAAAAUCAUCUUCCAGGAUCAGUAGUUAUCCUGAUACUGUUGAAAGUUUGUUGAAGUACAAGACUGGGAUAUUAAUGAGAUUGCAUGAUUAAUCAAUUUAAGUGUACUUAGCUCAUUUGAGGUGCGCUGACUGAAAUGUCACACAUAAAGCAACUUAUAUAAUCAUAGCCCUUGUGUUUUUGUAGCCACUAUUUGUAUGGACUUCUGUCCCUCUUUAAAUGUUUGGUGACCUAUAGAUCACACCCAAUUAUUUUGAACCAAUUACGAUAUUGGUAAAAAGACAAAAUGAGUGUUCAAAAUUAUUUUAUGUAGUAAGGCUGAGCUCAGGUGGCAUCAAACAAGUCUCAGAUUAUAAGUAAUAAUGUAAGCUAGCCAGUAAUUAAAUAGCUGGCUCAAUUUACUUUUCUGUGCAUGUACAACAGCAAGGUACAAGAGCUGUAUUGUCAAUAGAAAUAUUAUUUAUUUGUUUUUGUAGCAUAA